AUGUCAGGAGCCAUUGGACUUAGCCGACAGGGCGUCGAACUUGACAGCAUCAUGCGCAAUGUAACGGGAGAAGAACGGAAGACAAAAAUUUUCUGUACUUUGGGUCCAGCUUGUUGGUCACAGGAUGGUCUUGGCGAGCUCAUAGACGCAGGGAUGAACGUAGCUCGUUUAAAUUUCUCGCAUGGUGACCAUGUCAGUCAUGCUGAUACUUUGAAUCGUUUACGUGGUGCAUUGGCAUCACGUCCACACAAGAAUAUCGCCGUGAUGUUGGAUACUAAAGGUCCGGAGAUACGAACGGGGUUCUUGGCUAAUAAAGACAAGGUCACGAUUCAAAAGAAUGCUAUUCUGGAACUGACAACUGAUUAUAACUUUUUGGGUGAUGAAACAAAGAUUGCAUGUUCAUAUCCUGAAUUACCUCAAUCUGUUCAAGUUGGUGGCUCAAUUCUUGUGGCUGAUGGAUCUUUGGUUCUAACUGUCGUUGAGAUUAAAGACGAUAGCGUUGUUUGUCGAGCUAAGAAUACUGCUACACUUGGUGAACGAAAGAACAUGAACUUGCCUGGUUGUAAAGUAAUGCUUCCAACUUUAACGGAAAAAGAUGAAGAUGAUCUCGUUAAUUUUGGUCUGAUGCACGGUGUUGAUUACAUUGCAGCGUCUUUUGUACGUACGGGUCAAGAUAUCGAUAAUAUCCGCAAAGUACUUGGUCCUCGUGGUCGUAGUAUUAAAAUCAUUGCCAAGAUUGAAUCUCAAGAAGGUUUGGAAAACUUUGACGAGAUCUUAGCAAAGACGGAUGGUAUUAUGGUUGCACGUGGUGAUUUGGGCAUGGAGAUUCCACCGGAAAAAGUCUUUUUGGCUCAAAAGAUGAUGAUUCGGAAGGCAAAUAUUGCUGGUAAACCUAUUGUGACAGCCACCCAAAUGCUUGAAUCAAUGAUUAAGGCACCACGUCCAACGCGUGCUGAGUGUACGGAUGUUGCAAAUGCUGUGCUUGAUGGUACCGAUGCUGUCAUGCUUUCAGGUGAAACUGCGAAUGGUGAUUACCCAACAGAAGCUGUGGGAAUGAUGGCUAGGAUAUGUGUCCAAGCUGAAGGUGCGAUUCAUUACGACAAUGUGUAUCAAUCACUACGCAAUGCUGUAUUGGAGACAUAUGGUCCACUAUCGACACAAGAAGCUAUUGCAUCAUCAGCUGUGAAAACAGCUAUCGAUAUUAAAGCCAAGAUGAUUGUCGUUCUAACUGAAUCGGGUGCUACAGCUCGUUUAGUUUCUAAAUUUCGUCCAUCGAUGCCUGUCUUAGUACUCACAGCAAUGGUUUCAAGUGCUCGUCAAGCUGAAGGAUUUUACAAAGGUGUAAGAGCUCGUUGUAUGGGUUCAAUGAUUGGCACAGAAUCAAUUCUUUAUCGUGCAACGGAUUUAGGCAAACAAUAUGGAUGGGUGCAAUCUGGUGACAAUGUUGUUGCUCUUCAUGGCACAGUUGAAGCACGUUCUGGAUCUACCGACAUGCUGAAGUCUGUGGUACAGUUUCCAUCCAUCUUCUUACUAAAGAAAAAGAUGCUACAACGACUUCGUCAUGCUGUCGGGUGGGGAUUACCGGCACCUCCACCUGGUACACGAGUUGAUUUUCAAGUCUGUGCAGCACUUGGACAUGGUCAAACGUUAUGGAUCGUUGGAGAUUUACCACUUCUUGGUGGUUCUGUUGAGAUAAUCCCAAAUCCAAGUACUACAAGUACUGAAAAUGGACUCCAAUUAGUGACCACCCCCGAAUUAUAUCCCAUUUGGUAUAAUCUUGAACCUAUAGUAGCACCAAGUGGUACUAUAGUACAUUAUCGUUAUGCUAUUGUAUCUGGUAGUCGAUUUUUACGUUAUGAAGGAUCAAGUGAUGGUGGAAUCAUUACACGUGAAUUAACAAUUGGAAGUGAGUAUAUUCAAACACAAGAUACAUUAGAUGGUCGUUUAGAUCGUCGUGCAUCAAUUGGAAGUGAAGAAGAAGGUUUGAAAAUGACAACAUGUAGUACUUUCAAUAUAGUAUCUGAAUUAACUCAUGAGGAUGAGAUCCCAAGUCAUACAUUUUGGAAUGCUAUUCCACGAUUAAGUUCUGGACAAGCUUUUGUGGAUCGUCGUGCAAAUGGAAAUGAAGAUGGUACAUUUCAUCGUCUAAAUCCAACAAUUCGUCGAUCAUUUGGUGGAAUUCGACAAGGAAAUACUGAAAAUACUGAAGUGAAUCAAAGUUCGGAAAUGAAACGACGCAUUCAAAAUGAAGAAAAUAUCAAUUUAACUUCUCAACGUCUUGUUGAUGAUCUACCAUGUUCAACAUCACCACGUUCGAUGACGACAAAUGUUACAAUGGAAGCUACAGAUGGUGUGAUUAUUGCUGUCCAUCGACUUCCUGUGCUUGUACAUCGUACAAUUGAAGGACAUUAUCAUAUUGAAUGGGAAGAUGAUAAUCUCAUUUGUCCUUCAGGUUUAAUGAAAGAUUCAUAUAGUGAAACAAAUUGGGAUCAAGUUCAUUCCAUGCGUCUUACUUGGGUUGGUACAGUUCAUUGUGCUGAAAAAAUUCCAAAAGAAGAUGAAGAACGAUUAGCAAAACAAUUGGAAGAUUUUCAUUGUGUUCCCGUAUUUCUUUCAGAACCAUUGAGUUCAACCUUUCAUAAUUUUUGUUAUGGAACAUUAUGGCCAGUAUUUCAUAAUAUUGUUGAUGUUUAUGGUGCUUUACCAACAAGAUGGUGGAAUCCAAGUGAACAACGAAAUGCAUGGGCAAGUUAUAAAACUGUGAAUCGAAUUUUUGUCAACAAAGUGAUUGAAGUGUAUAAUGAAGGAGAUUUGGUUUGGCUUCAUGGUCUUCAUCUUCUUGUUGCUCCUAGUUUCUUAACACGUCGAUUACCAUGUGUAAAUGUUGGUAUCUUUCUUCAUACACCAUUUCCAAGUUCCGAAAUUUUUCGUACUCUUUCGAUGCGUGCAGAUUUAUUACGUGGAGUCUUAGCUGCUGAUCAUAUUGGAUUUCAUUUAUACGAAUAUGCACGUCAUUUUUUAACAAGUUGUCGUCGAAUUCUUGGAUUGAAAUAUAGUGCUCAACCUGGUGGAUACAUUGGUGUGGAAUAUAAUGGUCGAAUGGUUAUGCUUACAAUUAGUCACAUUGGAAUUGAACCAACAUUUAUCGAUCGAAUUCAUUCUAGUGAAUUAGUUGAACAAGAUACAGCAACAUUAGCAAUGAAGUAUGAAAGAAAUCAACGUACAAUUUACGUGAGUAUUGAUCGAGUGGAACGUUUAAAAGGCAUUUUAUUAAAACUUGGAGCAAUUGAAUUCUUUCUUGCUCGACAUGAAGAAUAUGUUGAUAAAGUUCAAUUUGUUCAAAUUGGAAUUUGGGAUUCGUCAAAUCCAAGUCCUGAGAAAGAUAGUGUACGUGCUGAAAUCUUAGCACAUAUGAAACGUAUUAAUGAUCGCUUUGGAGCAAAUCGUUUGGAACCUUUAUUUGCUUAUUCUGAAGUUGAAAAUACGGACAUGGCAUCUCGAUUACCACUUUGGCGUGUUGGUCAUGUUUUACUUACAACUUCGGUUCGUGAUGCUGUAAAUUUAUAUCCAUUUGAAUUUAUUUACGCUCAUGAAUUAGCGAAAUCACCUGGUGUUGUAAUUGUUUCGGAAUUCUCUGGAAGUAGUCGUGUUUUAACUGGAAGUAUUGGUGUUAAUCCAUGGAAACGAGAAGAGAUUGUUCAAGCCAUGGAAUUAGCUUUAACAAUGUCACAAGAAGAACGAAAAGCACGUCAUGAUAAAGAUUUUGAAUAUAUUAUUACAAAUUCACGUACAAAAUGGGCUGAACGUAUUCUUGUCGAUUUAAAACGAACAAAGAAACAAACAGCAGAAGGAGAACAUAUGGGUUAUGGACUUGGUUUAGGCUUUCGUAUGCUUGAAUUCAAUGCUGGUUUUAAAAUGUUAGAAACUGAAGUCGUCGCAAAAGCAUAUCGCGAAACAUUUCGACGUGUACUUUUCUUUGAUUAUGGAAAUACUCUUACGUUAGAAGAAUCAACAAAUGUUCAUAAUUUUGUGAAAUACAUUUCGGGAAGUGAAGAAACUGGAUUUGUAUCAAAAUCCGAGACUCCAAAAGCUAGUUCGGAUUUACUUGCUUCCUUAACUUUGUUAUGUGCUGAUCCACGCAAUACUGUGUUUGUUUUAAGUGGAAAAGAACGAUUGGAUUUAGAACAAACACUUGGAAAUGUUCGUGGUUUAGGACUUGCGGCUGAACAUGGAUAUCUGUAUAAAUGGGGUACAGGAAGUCAAUUGACUGAGACACGAACAUUUUCAAAUUUGAAUGAUGAUGAAGGAGUUUGGUUGUGUACAAAAGAUAAUUUUGAUGAUUCAUGGAAAGAUGUAACCCAUGCUGUAAUGGAUAUUUACACUCAACGUACUCAUGGCACUUACAUUGAAUUAAAAGGAAGUGCGUUACUAUGGCAAUAUCGUGAUGCUGAUCCCGAAUUUGGACAAUUACAAGCAAAGGAAUUACAUGAUCAAUUAUUACAAGUAUUAGAACAUUUUCAAGUCGAAGUUGUGACUGGAAUUGAUUAUCUUGAAGUUCGUCCGGAAGGGGUUGAUAAAGGUGUGAUUGUUGAUCGUGUGAUGUCAACUAUUGAAUCAACAAGUGGACAAUAUGUGGAUUUUAUCUUAUGUAUUGGUGAUGAUCUUUCCGAUGAAUUAAUGUUUCAAUAUCUUGAAGGUGGACGUAGUCGUCGCAAUAUGUUUACAGUUACAGUUGGAAAAAAACCAAGUGCUGCGAAGUAUUUUGUGAAUGAUGUUGAGCAAGUGAUGGAGAUUGUGCAUGCAAUGACAAAAGUUUCAACCUCUGCGAAACGUAAUUUUUCAAUGAAUGAUUUACGUUUAUUUGAUCAACAUUUAGUUUCAAGUGGAGCUUUUCAACGUCCUGAUAUUGGACAAAGUCGUCAAUUUGGAUAUAUGAGUGAAGGAAGCAUUGAAGGUAUUGAUUCGGAUCAUGAAGAAUCCAAUCGAAUGAAUCUUGUAACAAAUCAUGGUAUUACGAAUCGAAAACAUGAAUUACGAAGUGGAACUGAAUUUGUUCGUAAUUCCAUGUCCAUGACUUCAUUAUCAACUGUCACCACGUCGUCAUUAUAUCCAACAUCCUCUACUUAUGAACAAUAUCUUAGUAAUGUUGAUGAAGCAGCGGAAGAGGAAGAAGGAGGAAUUUUCUUUUAA